AUUUUCAAUUCAAAUCGAAUUAUAAUCGCUAUGUGAAAAGAAAAUCUCAAAUAAAACAAAAACCCUUCGAAAAUAAAAUUUUCAGAACUUAAAUAAAUCUUAAAUAACAAAGAUAUGGGCAAAGAUUUAACAGAUCCCAUAGCCUUUCUCAAGGAUUUCGCUGCUGGGGGUAUAUCAGCGGCCAUCUCAAAGACCGCUGUUGCCCCCAUAGAACGUGUGAAAUUGCUGCUGCAAGUCCAGCAUAUUUCCAAGCAGAUAAGUGCCGAUAAGCAAUACAAAGGCAUGAUGGACUGUUUCAUACGCAUACCCAAGGAGCAAGGAGUCGCCGCCUAUUGGCGUGGCAAUUUGGCCAAUGUUAUACGCUACUUCCCCACACAGGCCUUGAAUUUUGCCUUUAAGGAUAAAUACAAGCAAAUCUUUUUGGGUGGUGUGGAUAAACAUACCCAAUUUUGGCGGCAUUUUAUGGGCAAUUUGGCCUCAGGAGGAGCAGCAGGAGCCACUUCUUUGUGUUUUGUAUAUCCCUUGGAUUUUGCUCGUACUCGCCUGGGUGCUGACAUCGGCAAAGCGAGUGAGCGUGAAUUUACCGGCUUGGGAGAUUGUUUGAUGAAGAUCUACAAAACGGAUGGUUUGGUGGGCUUGUAUCGUGGCUUUGGUGUUUCCGUACAAGGCAUUGUCAUAUAUCGUGCUGCUUAUUUUGGUUUCUAUGAUACAGCAAGAGGCAUGCUGCCCAAUCCCAAGAAUACCCCAUUUUACAUAAGCUGGGCCAUUGCCCAGGUGGUCACCACAGUGGCAGGCAUAAUUUCCUAUCCCUUUGAUACGGUACGCAGACGUAUGAUGAUGCAGUCGGGCUUGAAGAAGAGCGAGGUGGUUUACAAGAACACCCUACACUGUUGGGCCACCAUAGCCAGGCAAGAGGGUAUGGGUGCCUUCUUUAAGGGAGCAUUUUCGAAUAUCCUAAGAGGAACUGGAGGAGCUUUGGUCUUGGCUUUAUAUGAUGAAAUACAGAAAUUUUUGUAAAUUGUUUUAAGGUGGGUGUGCUAAUUUGAUAAAAAAAAUAUAGAAAAAUGCUUUUA